UUACUCGCAAGUUUGCAACUGGAAGUAGUACAUGAUUAACAUUGCAGUGAGCAAUUCCUCACGAAAUAAUUUUAUUACAUUAUCAACUUGUGAUGUCUGAAGAUUCUCAAAGUAGUAAAAAUGUGGCUAGUAAAUAUCCGCAAUACAUUUCUGCGACGAUCGCGGGAUUAAGUGGGUUUGCUAGUGGCAUAGCGUUGUGUCCUCUUCUGUUGGGAUCUAGUUACAAUGAAAAUAUAUCAUUCAGACUGUAUGAAACUAAUAAUCUUCAAUACCUGAAUAUUUUUGGAGCGGUUGUAGGCACCUUGGUCUCUGGUUUUGUUAGUGAUUCCUUGGGUCCGAAACGUGCCAUACAAAUUUCAGCGUUUCCACUUUUUAUGUCACGCCUUAUAACAGCAUAUUGCCGCACCGUUUAUGGAUUUUACGCUGCAAUAUUACUGCAUGGAUUCGCAGCUGGAAUAUCUCUCUUUUCCGCGAUAAAUUAUUCAAUCGAUAUCGCAGAAAGGCGACAAAGAGGAAGUGUUGCAUUUAUGUAUUACGCGUUGCAUUUCUUGGGUAUAAUCUGCGCUCAUUCAAUUGGGAGAAACGUAGACGACUUCAUUCUACAGGCGCUAAUUCCAUCAGUGGUGCCGGUAAUCUACCUGACCGCAUUAUCCUUUAUACCUGAAUCGCCCGUGCACAUGUGCAUGAACCACGAUUUGCCGCAGGCGUGCAGCAGCUUGCAAUGGCUGCGCGGUGCUGAUUACGAUAUUGACGACGAGAUUGCCCGCAUUCAGGAGUACACCAGAUCGAAAAACGACCACAGGCGUCCAACAGGCGCCAACGAAUCAGUGGUGAGAUUCGCCAGUCGAAAAACAGCAACGCUCAUUUUUAGCGCUGAUUCAAUAUUUGCUGUUUUGUACAUUUUGUAUGCACGAUGCUUCAAUUGUCUUGACAGUUUGUAUUUAAACAUGGAAUUUGAUAUUGGAUGGAAUUCAAUGACAAACGAAUUAAAGUUACCGUUGGUGUUACUCCUGAUGUGGCUCGUGAAACAUGUGGAAUUGAACAUUUUGAUUCCUAGAGUGUUUGUUGUAAACGCCAUUGGUGUUAUGACAGUAGAAAUAGUUCUAUAUUUCUUUGAGGAUGUUGAAUGGCUAUGGAUUCCUUGUUUAUUAAAUGUAAUCAUUUCCUACGGAAACGUUUUAUUAGUGACGUUGCUCCUCUGGCAGGUCUUUGAUUACAUUGAAUUGAAAAGCAAAGCAAUACCUUUUUGCCUCACGAUGCAGCUCGGUUGGAUUAUGAUGUAUACAGCUAUGCCUGAAUAUGACAUUCCUUCAAUUUAUUUUACAAUUAUUAACAUAAUUGUAGGAUUUAUCGAUAUACAAUAUUUUUUGCCAAAACUGUUAAAAAGGAAAGACAUGCCCACAAAAACAAUAUUUUUACAAAAUGUUGCAUAGGUAUUAAUUUAUGCGUUCAAUAAAAUCCAUAUUUGCUCACAA